UAACCUUGACCUUUAUUUCAUACAUGCUGUAAGCGGCAGGGGAAUUAUCCACAUGUAGAGCACUUGAGGUUGACCAAGGAUAAAUCAGUGAUGUUUAACCUAAGGAGGUCUCUUGGACCUAUCAACAGUCUUUGGUCAGAACUGUUUAUUGGGCAGACAAGAAAAUUUGCUGAUCGCAACUUGGGAAAACCUUUGACAGAGCCAGAGUAUAUGAGAAGUUUUCCUGAUGAUGGAAAAUCGCCAUUCGUAAACUUUAACAAAUUUAUGAUGAUGCUUGAUAGUGACUUUUCUAUUAAGGGUAUUAGACGCUCAAUACAGAAUAUGAUUGAUAUACAACAGAGAAAGGAACAGAGCUUGGAUACAGAGAAAGUGGAAAAGCUUGGUGCCAACCUAUAUGCAGCUCAUACAAUCCUGAAAGUAGGGGGACGAGUCCAAUUUACUGGACUGGACAAGUGGAUUGAACGACAAAAAGAUCGAAUACCAUUACCUACCAACCGCAUUGAAAACCUCUUCUUACAAGUAGCUGAUCUCACAAAGUCUACUAUCCAAUAUGAAGGAUUAGAAUGUUUAAGAGAGACCUCCUUGAGGAUGCUGAUUUUAAAGGAUUGUAAGAAAGUAGAUGACUUCUGUCUUUCCCGGUUAUACAUGGUCAGUGAUACACUAGAGUUUCUGGAUAUAAGUGGUUGUUCACAAGUGACUGAUAAUGGUAUUGGAGCAUUACAAAAAUUAAAAAAUCUGAAAUACUUGCGUAUGAAUGAUUUACCGAGUGCAGGGAAUAAGUCGUUUGUAAGCUUACUUCUGCAGGAAGAGAACCCUGAUCUUUCAGUUUUAGGGGUGGAUCUAGAGGCCGUGGAAUACAUGCCUGACACUCUCCAGGAAAAGCCUGACACAGACUUCAGUUUUUUCAAAGACAAGAGUAGUUCUUUCCACCAAUCACAGAAACAAACAGAUUCAGAGAAGACUUGAAGUAUUUACCACAAAAAUGUGACCUUAACUUCCUCUCAUACUUUGUAUAUCAAUGCAGCAUCAAUAUUGUUUGUCAAUGGCUGCCGGGGGCCAGUGUUUGCUGGCUUGUCUGUGAUAUCUUUUUCGAACAUAUCCUUUUAAUUUGUGCAAAUAUAAUAGUGCUAUAAAUCCAACCAGAUAUGUUUAGAUUUUUUUUAUAUAUGUAACUUAAAGUUUUCAUAUGCAUAUAAUGCUAAAAUUACAUGGUUAAAUUCUUUUAAAAGAGUUUAGUUUAAAUGUUAUUUAUUUUUUACAAUAAUAACUAUAGAUUAAUGGAUACCAGAGAUAAUAAAUUUUAAAUAAUUCUUGCUGUUAAAUUAAACAUUAGUGCACAAUAUACAUGGAUUUAAUAGAAAAACUCCUUCAGUUUCAACAAAUAACAUAUAAAUGAACAUGUUUAGCAUAAUCAGGGUUUAAUUAAAAAUCCCAUUGGUUCUGUAGCUAUAAAUAGACCUACACUCCUUGAACAUUAUGCUGGGCUAGUUGUCUAACAUACAUAUUUCAUGCUGAAUACUGUAUUUAAAAUGCUUACUUACUUCUUU